AUGGAACGUAACAAGGGGACAGCAUCCGAUUUGAAGAAAGAGAAAGCAAGAUCAUUAAAGAUGAAAAUAAGGCAGCUUGCUAAACGCAAUGAGAUAGUCUCAGCCGAGACUAUCGCUACUGUCGGAGAUGUUGCGAGAGAUAUGGAAAUUGACAAAGAUAAUACGCCGAGCAGCGACGAGUUCGAUGAGGAUCUGGAGGAAGAAUAUCGGAAUUUGAACAAUAUGCUCGAUUUACCGAACGAUACUUAUUCUCUUACUAAAAUUACAGCGGAGUUACCCUCAUGCGUUAAAUACGGAGUUCGUUCCGGUCUGAUUCACUUGAACAUGCCGCAUUUCUCACCGUUAUCCAGAGGUUAUCAGGGUGGCGCUAUAGCGAUCGCAGCUUUCGCCACGACCGCGAUUCACAAAUCUCGCUGCUGGAACGAGGCGGUGAUCGAUCAAAUCGUCGAGGACGGCGACACUUUUUACUGCGAAUCCUACAAAGACGUGAACACGAACGAUCGCCGGACGAUGACCAUCCUCGACUUGAAAAGGACUCUUCUCCUGCGGAAAAAGUUUAAUGUGAAAGUUAAGCUCGAGGAUCCGGCGUACGCCGGCAAGUUUCGUUCGCGCGAUCCGACGGAGCUUCAUUUGGCGAAGGCGCUGGAGCUGUUUUUCGAGCGACACGACGCCGGGAUCUUGACGUCGCCGGUGCUCAAUAUAGCGAUCUGGCGAGACUCGAAGUACUACAACAUAUUUGACGGUCAGGCGCGACGAGAGAGCGGCGAGCCGGCGGCCGACGGGGUCAGCGGGUCGGCCAAACUGUUUCUCGUGAAGGACCUGAUAGGGCUGCUGUUCAUCAUCCUUGAGAAGAGUAACGUGCGAAACGAACCUUUCGUGAUUUAUCCGAUAUCUAUCAGCGAAGUCGAGACCGUUUCUCCCGAAGACCCCGAGGAGGCCGCGAUGGCACUCGAGAAGCCGCGAAGAAGACCGAGCGGUUAUAAAAUUCAUCAGCAACACCGAGCCGUGAUACAGGGCUCUUAUCAUCUGACGCAUCCUGCCGUACAGGAAGCUCUGCGAGGUAAAGGACACCUGAUCGUAGCCGUGGCGGCUUUGAUAUAUUCCCGGCUGAUCAGCGCGAACAAAUGGACGAGCGCUUUGCUUGACUUGAUCUUCAACCAGUCCAACAUCUAUCUGAUCGAUCUAGCUAGAGUUCUGGAGAGGAAGCUCGACGACGAGUUCGAACUUCGGUUGGACGACUUGAUGGGCGACGUUGUCCUCGGAGUGUAUUCCGCCAAGAUAAAGGUGGACGCGAAUGUAAUGCCGAGUCAGGCGCAAAAGGGUAAGGUUACCAUUGACAGCGACAUGGAGCAAUUCUUUGAGACGCAGGAAUGCGGAAUACUCGAGAUCAAGAAGAUCUUUUACGCGAUCUGGAAGGACGGUAAUGCAUACUACUUUCUCGACCCGUUUGUUUGUGACGACGAGGGUUUCAGGGUCGAUUACAAGGAACGCACGACGGGCGAUACCAUCAGAGAAGCCGCUUGCGUGACCAUGAAUAGCACUUUAAACGAGGUGGUGGAGACGGUACUGGAAAAUACCGGCAAUAAAGAGAGCGAUCCUUUCUCGAUACACGGAGUCAAGGUGCUUUAUGUCAAGACUGGAGUGAUUACGCCAGGUGGUCCGCUCGAAAAAGUAAUUUAUCGGGAGAGCGGUACGAACCGCAGACCGCGGGCCCCAUCGCCACCGGCACCGCUGGAUGUGACGAAGACCGAUCUAAUCGACACGACGCCACGUUUACGACCAGACUCGCGUAAAUUCGCAGAAGUGUCUAUUCAAUAUCCAGAGAUUAUGCGGAACGUAGAUCAAUACAUGAUGACGGCUGACGAGCCGACGACUUUUAUAUAUGCGCAAGAGAAAAGAAAGGAAGUAGACAUAGAAGAAGAAGAAGAAAAAGAAGAAGAAGAAGAAGAAGAAGAAGAAGAAGAAGAAGGGGAAGGGGAAGAAGAUGUAGAAGAAAAGACGCAAAAUAAAAUAGGUUAUAUCAUGGGAUAUGAAAUGAUAAAUGCACAUCGUUUUUUUGUUCGCGGUACCAAAACUUGCAUGAUGAUUACAUAUCCGCGAUCACAAGGUAAACAAGGAUUAAUAAUUGGCUUAACUGCGUUGGUAUAUAGGAAAUUAAAGGAACCGGCCCGCUGGCGAAAUAUAGACGUGGAUCAAAUUCUUGACAUCGGCAACGAGGCUUAUGAACAAGUUAUAAUGUGGAUUGAACGAGGCCGACCAGAAAUAAAAGAAGAGGAGGAGGAGGAGGAGGAGGAAGAAGAAGAAGAGGCUGAAGAAGAAGAAGAAGAGGAAGAGGAGGAGGAAGAAGAAAAAGAAACUGUCGCUCGGAAAGUUACACGCGCUCCGAGUCAUUUAGAUGUCUCUCUCUUACCUCCCAGAUUGAAACUAGCUGAGAAUUACGCUUUUUUCAAGACGAGUAUGAACGUUGUCGACGGCGACGCGAAUCCUUUGGCUAAUCUCGCGGAGGCUCUCGAGUAUUACUUCGAACGAUAUCCCGAAGUGAUAUUGGAAAACAGAAGACUGAUGUACGCCAUUUGGAAGGAGGAUGACAAAUUUUUCCUGUUCAAUCCUUACGGUAGUGAUUCAGAAGGAUGGCGUAUUUGGAAUUAUUCAUCUGCUUUUAUCGUAACGGACAGUCUCAACGAACUGGUUGACCUUCUUUACGGUGUCUUAGAAUACAACGAUCCGCGUUUCUCACUUCAUUUCGUAGCUCUCGACGCGAUAGAACCGGGAAAGUACAAGUCACCCACGGAAAUUGUAAUUCCAGAUGAGAAAAUGAGAAAAACGUUCCAAACAAAGUUCUUACCAAUUACUGAUGACGAUUUAGUGAAGCUCGAGGAGAAGAAGCCGGACGUUGUCGACGUAGAAGCGAAAGAUCUUGUUGAUAAAGAGGAUGUAAUAGAAGAAGAGGAAGAAGAAGAAGAAGAAGAAGAAGAGGAAGAAGAAGAAGAGGAAGAAGAAGAAGAGGAAGAGGAAGAAGAGGAGGAGAAAGAGGAGGAGAAAGAGAAAGAGAAAGAAAAAGAAUUUGAAGAUAUCGAUUUAGAACCGCUAGAAGAUCCUGUUGGGAUAAUCGAGGAAUCCGUACAGCCCGACGCACCUUACCGCUUAAACUUGGCUCUCUUGACCUCCACAGUAAAAAUCCAGGAUCCGACCGAAGAAGAGUUGAAUGGCUUGCCUGAGGAAGUGAUACUGGAAAAGAUGAAGUACGAUCACCCACCGCCGUACGUGAUGCCGCCGAAGAGAACGCUCCGCAUUUUGCUGGAGGCAAAAUUGGCGAACAGAUCGAUCCCGUCGCUCGUAUCUAGAUUUUCGAUCGAUUCAAGGCUGAAAAUCAAGAAGGGCGAUGUCUCCGUGGAACCUAUAACAACUGCGAUUGUGCCGUUGCUGCGAGACACGAAACCUUCGAAGAUGAUUAAGCUAUCUUUCGGGAGGUACUUGUACUCGAGAUUGCCUCCGAUCCAUAUGGUGCCUCUAAGAGCUAUUGACGAGGGUUACAUCCAGGACGAAGAAAUCGAUAAAGCGAUUGACGAAAAAUAUCCCGGACGAGGGGAGCUGGAAAAGAAAGAAGACGAAACGUUAGGGAAGUUAUCGAGAGUGUUUUACGCCACGAGACUAGAACUGAUACCACUUGGACCGAUAAUUAAAACCCCCGUUUUAACGAUAAAGCACCUGAUAAGUCCCGAUGAGCGGAAACGAAAGAUCGUGCCAAAGACGAAAGAAAUAGUGCCUGGGGUCAAAGAGAAUCUCCGCGAUGCGGAAAAGUUACUAUUCAAAUUAAUAUUCCCGAAAUUCCGCCCUGAGCUGCAGCCACCGGACAAGAAAGAUGAUGUCAAAACGGUAGAGAUGCAGAAAAUGAUAAUUAGUGCAGAAGAUUUAGAAAGAAAAGUAGAACUUCCAUCAUCGAAAGUUAUCGGUUUCCAAGUUGUGGAUGAAAACGUGGAGAUAAUACGAGGCAAUAUCAGUCUGCUGGAUCGCGCAAGAAUUGAUUCUGCUUACUUCAAACCUUGCUACUACGCGGCUAUAUACUGCAUUUUGACGAAAAUCGUGCUGGAUGUAGAUCGCUUUCCCGCUAACGCUCUGGAUCAAUGGAUUCGCUUCGCCGAUAUGCUCGAUCAACAUGUCGGCAGAUUGCGACACAAUGGGUAUAGAACGUUUGACAGGAUAAACAUGUUUGGCAGAAGUUUCAACAUUGUUCUGAAAGAAAUCACCUGCUCCGACCUCGAGAGUUCCCCAACCGACGAGCUUGAUAUUAUCGUGAAGAAAUUUCUAGAAAAACAUCAGACCGGUAUAUUGGUGUUGACAAAUUGCGCCUACGCAAUCUGGCAGGCGGACGAUAGAUAUUACGUUUUCGAUCCUUAUCCUUGCGAUGAGAAAGGUCAGGCGAACGAGAAGGGCUACUGCUGCCUUAUGAGGUUCCGCAAUCUCAAGUCAAUGCUCGAUAGAGUUAAAGAAAACGCCGGCGAAACUGCGAGAGAGCCUUUUCGCCUCUACACCGUAUUAGUCACUCACAUGGAAAUGACGAAACGUAAACGGAAACGGAGGAACGUCAAGCGUCGCGCGAAGCUAGAGGAAUCGGAAGAGUUGGUUCGCGACGACGUAAAGUUGGACGUGACAACGCCAACGGUCGAGUCCGAAAUGUCUCUGAUCGAGUUAGCCGAGUGGGUCGCACCGGAUCCGGAAUUGGAUCCCGAUCGUGACGUCACGGCCGUAGGUUUUACGCCGAUGCGGUAUCACGAGGCCUCGAUGCUCGAGGCGAUUGUUUUGGAGAACGACAUUACCGCGCCUGUAUUGACGCCGUUCAAAGAGCCGUCGGAGAUCGAUCGCGAUCGGGAUCGCGAGGAAACGGCGAAGGAGCGAAGAAUACCGCCCGAGAGGAUAUUUCGUAACCAUACGGCCAUCGCAAUCCCCAUCGAUCUCUGCAUCCUGGCGUGGUCGUUGAUCCACGAUCCUGCGUCCUGGUCGGAACGUACUAUCAACGGGUUACUCGAGGCUGCCGUCGAUUACGCCUUUGACAACGCGUUGGCAAGCGAGGACACUUCCGUGAGCGAUAUGAUCGAUGGGGCACUGCCGGAAUUCGAAAUAGCGAAUUACGCGUUUCGAGCGGUAUUCGCGCCGAUACACCGCGGAAUCCUGUACGCCACGGAGGGAUGGAAUCUCGCGUCAACCCUGAAGAAGAUAUUCGAGACGGCGAUCUACACCGGUGCGAUCAUCGUUUGCCGUUACGCUCACGUGGGCAUUACGAAGUGCGGCAAGAAUUACUUCGCCUGGUGGACGGUCACGGGGACGAAGAGCCUGCGAAUGAUCGCGUCCAGCAACCUGGGCGAGUUUCUCAAGCUGAUCGUUAAGGUGAUCGACGAGCCGCGGGAGACUGAAUUCGCCGUGAGAGCGAUCACUAUAUCCUAUGCGCGAAAAAUGGCGCCCGAUUACAGCGAUGUUAAAGGUCUUCACGAGCCGACGACGACGUCGUCUCUACCGGAGAUUCACCGAAAGGAGCUUCCGGAGUCUUAUGACGUUCAAGCGAUUUUCAAAUCGAUCGGCCUCGCGUCGAAACCGAUCUUCGUACUCGGAACGGUGGUUCUUCGCGAUCGCGACAGCCUGCUGGAACCGCUGGUGAAACGUUGCUACUUCGUCGCGUUACUGGCUGUCGUGGUAAAGAGGGACAUCGUUCAGUCUCCGCUUCCCGGGAUGAUCGACAGGGUCCUCGAAGUCGCGGAGAAUUUGUAUAGAAAAUUCUUCGAGCCGAAAUUUCAUACGGAACAUAUUUUACGAAAUGUCCCGCUGAUGAACAGGCUUUUCGAUUUUCGUGACUGCGCGUCACCCUUAGUCGUGCUAACAACGAAUUCUCAGACUGGCAGAAAGGAUUUUUACGCGCAAGUGAAACGGCAUCUGAAAAAUUACUUUAAGACGUACACGAGCGGUAUACUGCACUUUACUAACUGCUGCUACGGUUUUUGGUACUCGAGAGCGACCAACUGCUACUACUACCUGGAUCCUUACCAAUGUGAUGCGAGAGGCAGAAAGACCCUCGCCAACGGCAACGCCUGUCUGUGCAUCUUCUCCUGCCUCCGUCAAAUGGUGAAGCACAUGUGCCUCAAUCAAUACGAAGGCACGACCGGAUUCUUCCUCCAUAGAAUUCACGUGAAUUCCAUCGACGCGCCGGCGUUCGACAAGUUCCAGGAAGAUCCCAUGUGGGUCUAUCUCGACUAUCAGUGGAACUUCACGCAUUCGAUUAUGAGAUCGCGUAAGAGAGCGAAGGGCGGCGACAGGUCGGAUCCAUCCAAGUUCGAUCGGCGAUUUUGGAACAACUACGCGAUCGAAGUGAUCGAUCUGAUUUACUCUAUCUGGGGCACGAUCGGCGCGUACGAUCGUCGAUUCGGCGAACGAGCCGGAAAAAACCGCGUCGCCAUAUGCGUCGCCGUUCUAGCCAUGCAGAAUCUCUGUCAUCCUUCGCGGUGGAGUCCGGCCGUCCUGGACUCGGCCGUGAUCUGCGGAGAUUCCUACUACACGGAGAGCCUGAGGAACACGAUGCAGAAGUGCUCGAAGCAGCCCGAGAACAGGUUCGGCCUGCAGACCUCCUUCAGGAUAUUCCCACACUCGUGGACCGUAGAUUUUGGCACGAGUGUACACGGGAUUCUGUACGGCGAUCGAAAUAGAUUGACGUUAACCGACGCGCUGGCAUUGGCCUUUGAGGAAUCUCGCAACGUCAUCGUCGAGUGCAACAGGAUCGCCUUGGCGGCACUGGCGGCUAAAGACGCUUAUUACGUCGCCGAUCCCUGCUGGAUCGGCCCGCCGUUAUUCGCGAGGAAUCGCGGCGCGAUCUACGCUCUACGUUGCAAAAAUAUGAACGCUCUGAUAUACGCGAUCGCGAAGAUGUUCAAUACCAAUCAGAGACUCGGCGUACGCGUCACGCCGUUGAGCCUCUCGUUCGAUCGAGAGGACUUCGAUGCCGAUCUCCGCAUCGCGCGAAGAAAGAUUCUGCCGAGAUCUCUGCAGAAAUCGCCGGGAAAAAUCGAAGACCCCGGCGCGCCUAUUCCCGGAGCGGUCACGGUACCCGACGAGGAUUCUUACCCGCGAUAUCGACGCCGUCUCGCCGAGGGUGCCACCAGAGAUUUUCAACUGGAGAGCUUGCAGCUUCGUCGUACGGAGCCCGCGUUGAAUCCCGAAAAUGCGAACAAUGCGCUCGUGAGCACCAAGUGUCGUUUGAAUCUCGGUCAAGCGCGUCCUCGGAAAAGGCCUAAACUACCCUUCGACCCUGUCGAGACGAAAGGUGAUGUGUUGGCCGAUUCUUUGACCGAUCUGUACGAGACGCGAAUUUCCGUCACUGGUUCGAUUACCGCGGAUCGUUAUCCGAGACUGAUAGACUUCGCUAGCGACGAUCCUUCAGCCGGGGUAGAGUCGCUCGAUUAUGCGAAAGUAGCUUCAUCAGAGGACGAAGAUUUUGCAUAG